AUGACGGUUCUUGUGCUGCUAUCCGUCCUGGCCGGCCUCCUCGCGGGGUGUGCAGGGAAGAUCUUCCAGCGCUGCGAGCUGGCCCAGGCGCUGCACGAGGCAGGGAUGGAUGGGUUUCACGGGUACAGCCUGCCUGACUGGCUCUGCAUGGCUUUCUAUGAGAGCGGGUUUGACACAGGCACUGUGGUCCAUGAGCCUGAUGGCAGCUCUGACAAUGGCAUCUUCCAGAUCAACAGCCGCCUGUGGUGCAAUGACUACAAGACCUCAUCAAGCAACCUCUGCCGCAUGCACUGCAGUGAUUUGCUGACCAGUAACAUCAAAGAUGACAUUGUAUGUGCCAUGCAUAUUGUGCAGCAGCCCCAAGGCAUGGGGAUCUGGAUGAGCUGGAGGCAGCACUGCAAGGGCCAUGACCUCUCCAUGUGGGUAGAAGGCUGUAAUGUGGAAGGCGGCUGA